AUGGUAACCACAUCACCAGCCAUCUCCCGGGAGGUGCGUGUCGACGAAGCAAAACCCGUUAAUGUUGUCAGCACUGGAAGCGAAAAGCCAUUACCAGAAGCGACGUCAGACUCGAGCGAGAGCCUCAUCGAGCAAAAACCUCACCUUCAUGCCAAGACCUAUCUCGCUGUUGGAGCAGUUUGUCUUAUAUACAUCGCUCAAUUGGUUUGCUUGGUCGGAGCCGGAGCUCAAGGACAGACAAUCGCGGCUCAUUUUCAUGGUACACAAAAUGUCGUUUGGUUUUCCGCCCCUAUUACCAUCCUUACCGUCGUCUUGGGUCCGAUUGUCUCCCAAGCAGCCGAUUACUGGGGGCGAAAAUGGUUUCUCGUUGUUCUCAGCUUCUUCGGAGCUGUUGGGUCAAUCAUUGUAUCACGAGCCACAUCGAUGAAUAUGGCCAUUGCUGGCUUCAGCGUCAUUGGCAUCUCCUUCGGUGCCCAACCACUCCUCCACACUGUCACGUCCGAAGUUCUACCACGAAGAUGGAGAGGAUGGGGUCAAGCAGCCAACAUGACGUCUAAUGGACUGGGAAGUAUUCUCGGAUUGCUCAUUGGCGGUGCUUUGAACCGAACCAACGAUCCCACUUCUGAUGGGUUUCGAUACUACUUUUACAUGGCAAUGGCGUUUUAUCUUGCCGCCGUUCUGCUUACUAUUGCCGCUUAUAACCCACCAGAAACAGAGCGUCAGAAGCAGUUCGCCGGUCGCACCAUGGACAAAUUGAAGAUGCUCGAUUGGGUAGGUUAUUUAUUGCUUGCGUCUGGUUUAGUCCUAUUCUGCGUCGGUCUGUCAUGGUCACAAAAUCCUUACCCUUGGUCGGACGCACAUGUCAGUGCGACUUUCGCUGUCGGGUUGGCCCUCGCUGUCUGUCUCAUCGGAUAUGAGACAUUCUUGAAGAAGGAUGGCAUGUUCCAUCACGGGCUAUUCAACGGCAAUCGCAACUUUUCCAUUUCUCUAUUCUGCGUUUUUGCAGAAGGCGUGGGAUUUUUUGCUGCCAACAUUUACUUUGCCUUCCAGGUCAGCGUCCUCUAUGAAACAGAUGCUGUUAUUGUUGGAACUCGAUAUAGCAUUAUGCUCAUCUGUUCAGUGAUUGGUGCUCUGCUGGCUGGUCUCUACUGUGCAAUUGCACGAAGGGUGCGCUGGAUUACGGUCGCCGCUUUCCUGAUUUUCGUUGCAUUUUUUGCCUGCAUGGCUUCUUCCAACCGAUCUACCGACAAGCCAGUAUGGGGAUAUCCAGUGCUCCUAGGUCUCGCCCUUGGAAUGACUCUCACUACGUUGGUGACAGCAGCGCAACUGUCCACACCCCCUGAACUGUUGGCAAUCGCGAGCGGCCUCAUUAUCAGCGUGCGAUCUUUGGGCGGCACCAUUGGUAUCACUAUAUAUAACGCGCUAUUCGUUGCCGAAAUGAAUCAUUUGCCCGAUAACGUUGCCAAGGCCGCCAUAUCUGCAGGUUUGUCGCCAAAGGCCGUCGAGCCCUUCGUUACAGCCUUGGCUGCACAUAAUCAAACUGCUCUCGAGUCUAUUCCCGGUGUCACACCGAACAUCAUUCAGUCAGGUACCAUUGCCUUGCUGGACACCUAUGUUGGGGCCUUCCAACACGUUUGGAUUGCGGCGUCAUGUUUUGUAGCCUUGGCUGCGAUUGUGGCUGUCUUUUUGUUCGAUCCCAAGAAAGAGUUCAACAUGAAGGUUGAUGCGCCUGUCGAAAAGGAGGAGGAUAUGUAUAGCGACUAA